AUGGGUUCAGUCGCUGGAUUGACCCCCAACCAACUUCAACUCAUCAAGGCUUCCGUGCCGGUCCUUGUUGAGCAUGGCCAAGCCAUCACGACAGUGUUCUACAAGAACAUGCUCGCCGCCCAUCCGGAGCUGAACAACGUCUUCAACGUCCCGAACCAGCGCAAUGGCCACCAACCCCGUGCUCUAGCUGGCGCUCUCUUCGCCUAUGCCGCCAAUAUCGACAACCUGGGUGCAUUGGGACCAGCUGUGGAGCUUAUUUGCCACAAGCACGCUUCCCUGUACAUCCAGCCUGCGCAGUAUGAGAUUGUUGGCAAAUUUCUGCUUGAGGCCAUGGGCGAGGUCCUCGGAGAUGCCCUCACACCCGAGAUCAAGGAGGCUUGGGGAGUCGCUUACUGGCAGCUCGCCGAUAUCAUGAUCGGCCGUGAGAAGCAGAUCUACCAAGAAAGCAAAGGCUGGACUGACUGGCGCGAGUUCAAGAUCAUCGACAAGGUUCAGGAGUCGGAGGAGAUCACCUCUUUCUACCUGGCUCCCGUCGAUGGCCAGCCUCUGCCAGCCUUCCAACCGGGCCAGUAUAUCUCUGUGCAAGUCAAGGUGCCGGAGCUCGAGUGCCUGCAGCCCCGUCAGUACUCGCUGAGCGACCAGCACUCCCAGGACUACUACCGUAUCAGUGUCAAGAAGGAGAAGGGUCUGCCCGCCACCGACUCUGCGGCCGCAACCCACCCCGGCUAUGUGUCCAACCUCUUGCACGACAAGUACAACAAGGGUGACAUCAUCAAGGUCUCUCACCCCUGCGGUGAAUUCUUCCUGUCUGCUACUGCCGUGAAACCCAAUACCCCAGUUGUGCUCCUCUCUGCCGGGGUUGGUUUAACCCCCAUGACCUCCAUCUUGAACACCCUGACUUCCAAGUCCACCUCUGCCGACCGCAAGUUGCAUUUCAUCCACGGUGCCCGUACCUCUAGAGCCCGCGCGUUCAAGGAUCACAUCGCCCAGCUGAAGAAGAGCCACGCCAACCUCCAGGCCACCUUCUUCACCAGCCACCCCACCGAAAACGAGCAACACGGUGUCGACUUCGAUCACGUCGGUCGCGUGGACCUGAGCAAACUGGACGCCAGCAAGGAUCUUUUUGUCGACGCUCCUACCACGGAAUACUACAUCUGCGGUCCCGACAAGUUCAUGACCGACGUGCAGGCCGCUCUCAAGGAGAAGGGCGUGGCAGCCGACCGCAUUAAGAUGGAACUUUUCGGCACUGGCGGUAUCAACUAG